AUGUCAUACGUGCGACAGGUAAAAACACACUUUUUUGCGAAUGUACAUGGAUAUACAUUUCAAGCUCAUGUUGCAAGAUGUUGUAAAUCAGCUCAUGUUGAUUACCAAGUUAGGGGUCAAUGUCGGCGCAUUCUAAAGGAUCUCAGGCCACCGUCGGCACAUUCUAAAGAACCUCAGACCAUCUUACUCGGGGAACGGAAAAUUGCUAAUCAAACUGCGGAAAGAACGGGAACGGGUAUCAGCAAACGAGGAAACACACAAAGCUCAAAUAUUAUCAAGGAAGCAUCAGGAAUGCAGUCAGACUUGAGAAUGCAUGAAUGUGAACAUAACGAUCGCGUUCUAUAG